GUUUUGCAUAUCUGCUACUAUUCACGUUUUGCAGAUUUUAUCGGAUCAGAUCCCUCGAGUCGAUCUUUGUUUUCACCGACCGACCGACCGAUCGAUCGAUCGAUUCAAUUGAAGGUUCUUUUUUAGCCCCUUGCCAUCUAGGGUUUCUAAUCAUCAAUUAGACUCCAAUAUUCUUCUAAUCUGUUAAGAAACCUUUAAUUUGUCUUAAGGAUCUGCGUUAUAAUCAAUCAAUAUGAAUAAUUCUGGAAAACGACCAUCUUUUAGUGAUCGGGAGGUCGACGAUCAACAACAAUCAAGCGAUGAUUCGUCACCGGUAUCUAAUGGUACCGAUGAGGUUUCUUCGACGGCAGUUUCCGGAGAUUACCUGACAAGGAGGAAUGGAAACGAUAUCGGACUUGCUGCCCGUUUGACGGAUUUGUUUGUUGGCGAUGGGGACCGCGAUAGCGAUUUGUUGAUGCAACGGAACACUCAAGAAGGCACGGUCGUUCAGUGGUUACAGGCUCUUGAUAUGCAAGUGAUGGGAGCCUGUCGUGCCGAUGAGAGGUUGAAGCCCUUGCUCAAGCUUAAUGUAUCUAGCGUGGCUGAAGACCGAUUGCUGUCGCAUCUAAGUCAGCAUUUUGAGCCAUCAGAAGUCGGUUUGCUAGCAAGGUGCUUGUGUAUUCCUCUUGUAUCACUUCGUGUUGGGAAAAUCAACAAACAAGGGACACUUCUUAUUCCAACCAGUGCAAGGGGAAACUUAGUUCUCUCACUCUUGCCAACUUCUGAUCUGCGCAUAUCAUUUCUUGCGGAUGAUGGCUAUGCAGAGAGGCUGUCAAUCUUGAGAAACAUAUCAGAUUGCUCUUCUGUGGUGAUUGAGGGAAUACCAGCGGAUAGUUCUGGUCGGUCUUUUGCUAUCAGGGUUCCCAGUAGGGAUCCUUUCUACUUUUGGUGCUCAGAGAAGUCCAGACUUCUUGGUAAUGAAUUGCUUGAAAAGAUGAAGAAUUUACUUGAUAGGAAGCCUUCCCUUGCUGAACUAACCGGAAUCAGCGAUUCACGGCUACAACGUUUUGUGGAUCAUCUUCGAACUUAUCUUGUUGGGUCAAUUCCUCUGGAUAAUAAUACCAUACUUGUCUCAAGAACCCCUGCCUCAAAUACCAACGCUGCUGAGGUUGCCCAAAAUUCACAAUCUCCAUCCUUGGCAUCAAAGCCUUCACGUGGCCGAAGCUGCAUCCUGAGUCCUAGGCCAAGUUCUUUCAAAGAAGGCCCACCCAGAAACUUGGCUUCCUUGAGAAAUGUGGUGAGAGACAAGUUGAGGCGAAAAAGCUCCGAAAAACAGCAGCUUGUUCCUUCUCUUGGCACUGGUGAGCGUACAUUAAAUAACUAUGAAAAAGGCAAGCUUCCAGAACCUUCUACUACUCCCGAAACUUGCUUGUUCCCAUUAUUAAGUGGGCUAGAACCAGGGAAGGCAGUGGACAUGCCAUCUUUAAGCGCAGCACCUCAAGUACCUCCCAUAGCAGCAUCGUCUCUAUUUUCCCCAUAUUAUUGCUGGUGUCCGCCUGUUGUUUCAACUCUCCAAUACACGGUAGCACCCCCACAUACAUCAUCAACAGCCGAAUCAUUUACGUUACCACCCUUCUCAGCAUUGCUUGCAGGUUCUGCUCCUAGGUCGUCAUCACCAAUUCCUAAUCUGUCUGAAAUCCCACCUUUUCUACCCCUCUCUAUGCCGACUUCACAACAGAUCCCAAUGUUCACCCCUCUCAUGUGUGAUCCUAUAGUUCAUGUGCCCGUAAUCGAAUUCUGCUCCUCAGGUCAAGCGUAUCUGGUAAGUGCCAGCCCUGCUAUGAGCGUAAGCAUUCCCCCAUUGGUCCAAGAAAGUGAUUCAGAGAAGAGCGCUAGGGAUACACUACGGCUGCUCAUCAGUGGAUCUAGCCAGUUUCCGUCUGUUCUGGCCAACACGGAUACAGGUGGUGGAAGUAGAGGUUUCUAUGGAGGAACGACGGACGUGAACGUGAUUGCAAACAGCAUUGCCGCAAUGGGGUUGGUUCCUCCUGGUGUUAUGAGAAGGUGCAUUGACCAAGGUGAUCUGGUUGAUCUCCUCAAGGAACCUGAUAAGGAUGAUUCUGGUGAAGGGAGUACAGAGUAAAAAAGUGAUUUGUGGUGUUGGUUAUUGUGGCUGUAGUCUUUUUGGUGCAAAUGAUGUGUAAUUAGACCCAGAAACAUAUCAGCCCAUUUUACUUUUGCAAGUUGCUCUUCGUAAUCACGAAGUAAACA